ACCCGGCCGAUCUACACUUCAUUAUUCAAUAAUCGAUGGGUGGCAAUUCAUCUGCACUCUCACCCAUCAGCAGCACGCACCAUGCUAUACGCGCUAGCCUUUCUCGUCAUGCUCCUCAUAAUCAUAAUCUUCUGGAUCAUCCGCCUCGUCAUCCUUUACUCCAAGCGUCGCAAAUCCAAUCAGGCAGUGGAGCCUGCGGCCCAAUUCAGGCAUGUCGCCAACCACCUCUUUACCUCUCGCCAUGAUACACAGCCUUCUUUGGAUGACGAUGUUGAGCAGGGCUUUAAUCAUGGCGCGGAGAGGGGGAGAUCGAGACGAGCUAGAGAUGAAGCUCCUGUGGCGCGGCUGACUAGCGAAAGUCAAGCUAGUUUGCCUGCCUAUGGUCAGUAUUCAUCUGUUCAUAGCCAUGUGCUGGUCGUGACUGACAACCCAAAAGGCGCUGCAUCACUGCCAGUUCCACCCGAACAGGUCUAUAGCUCUGGCCAGGUCAGGAUCAUUCCUGACCGGACCACAAUUCUGCUCACAGGCAGUCUACCAGGGACGACGGAGGCGCCGCCACCUGAAUAUACAAAAGACGAGACACCAAGUACGCCAAGGCGGUGCGACUGAUUGCGCCCGCUGAGGGUAUAUCUUGUUCUGGGGCCACGGAUCUGCCGUCCCCAUUUCUCUGUUUGUAUGUUGUACAACCCAUCUACUCUACAGUUCUAUUAUAUAAUUGCUCUGUCAAAGUGUCAAAGUCUUGGAAUACUAUCCGUCGUGCGCUAUAUACUCGUGUAGGCCGGAUUAUAUUCAAAUACUCUGAAGCAUGCGGCCGAUGCACGAUCUGCACUUUCAGCGCCCAGUACCGGCAUGUCUACACAUGGGCAUUGG